AUGGAACAAGAUACUAAGCCCAGUGUCGAGAUGGUUGAGAGGGAAAAACGGGACAUCUCCUUGGCUGUCAAUGAGCACGAUGAUAGUUCCCUAACCUUGCUACAGUCCCUCAAACAGAAUUACAAGUCGGUCAUCUUCAGUAUCCUCAUGGCAACAGGCCCAAUGGCCUUUGGAUUCGAUAUUAUCAUCGUUGGCGUUGUCACAGCCUUCCCAGCCUUCCUGGAGAGAUUCGGCGAACUUCGAGAUGGAAUGCCUAUUCUGCCGUCUAUCUGGUUGUCUUUGUGGAAUGCUUCGAUGCAGAUCGGGUUUAUGAUUGGUUCCGUCAUUGUCGGCUGGGUAGCUGAUCGAUUCGGCCGGAAGAUCUCCAUGAUGAGUGGAUCUAUCAUCACUAUGGCUGGUAUCGCGGUGGUCUACACAUGCGACUUGAGCGAUUCCAUGGGCCAUCGCCGCGGUACAUUUCUGGCCGGCAAGGUUAUUAUUGGCAUGGGCCUGAGCAUGAUGGCCACUACAUGGAUGACAUACAACUCUGAAAUCGUCCUUGUCAAGCUGCGAGGUUUUUCACUUUCUUUGUUCCAGUUUCAACUCGUCUUUGGCCAGCUCAUCGCCGCCGUCGUUGCUGUGGGCACUCGCUGGGACGGCCUUCAUCUCGACCCUUAUUGUCCCCGAGUCCCCGGCAUGGCUUCUCCGAAAGAACGACGAGGCUGGUGCUCGCAAGUCUUUUGGUUGUUAUACAAGCCUUCACAGGUUGAGGCUGCCAUGGUCUCCCUCCAGUCAACCCUCGAGCACGAGAAACAAGAGCAGGUUGACGCAGCCGACGUCACCUGGUCAGAAUGUUUCAAGGGCCCCAACUUUCGCCGAAUGCGCAUCAUCAUCUUUGCCAGCAUUGUCCAGCAGUUUCAUGGCACCACCUUUGUCGCCAACGGUACCUAUUUCAUGAUUAUCGCUGGGCUCUCUCCAGAGAAGUCUAUCAUAGUCCUUGAGAUCGCCUCUGGUCUGUCCCUGGCUGCGAUUAUGAUUUCCUGGUUCCUCGUCGAUUACUUAGGCCGCAGACGUACCAUAAUGGGCUGCACAGCACUUCUGGCAGCAACCUGGCUCUCCGUUGGUAUUGCAGGCUUUUUCUCCACUCAAGCCGCACUAUGGUAUAUGGGUGUUAUGAUCAACCUCGUCAUGGUCUUUUUCAACAUUGCUUCCGGACCAGUCAAUCCCAUUAUUGCUUCUGAAACUUCUUCUGUCCGACUCCGUGCCAAGGCCAACGCCGUCGGUUUCAUCUGCAAUAGCUUCAUGUCCUGGGUUUUCAACUUUUGUGUUCCUUACAUAUUUAACUCGGACGAGGGAAAUCUAGGUGGCAAGACUGGCCUUAUUUUUGCUGCUCUGUCUGUCAUUGCCUGGAUUAUCUUCUGGUUCGAUCUGCCUGAGAUGAAGAACCGCACCUAUCUGGAGCUGGAUGAGAUGUUCGAGAACAAGGUUAAAACUCGCCAAUUCCGUAAAUACAAGUGUCAGGGUUUGAUUUAA